AUGUCUCGAGCCGUCACAAAGCGUCGUGCAGCUGCUGAAGAUGACUUAACUGGGGUAGAAUUUGAGACGAGCGAAGAAGUGGAUGUGACCCCAACAUUUGAUCAAAUGGGACUUCGAGAGGAUCUCUUACGAGGAAUUUAUUCUUAUGGAUUCGAGAAACCGUCAGCUAUUCAACAACGAGCGAUCAAACCAGUGCUAAAGGGACGUGAUAUCAUCGCUCAAUCACAAUCCGGAACAGGAAAAACAGCGACUUUCUCGAUCGCGAUUCUUCAAAGUCUUGACACUCAAGUUCGCGAAACACAGGCGCUCGUUCUCUCGCCAACUCGUGAGCUCGCCACACAAAUUCAAAAGGUUAUUCUUGCUCUUGGCGAUUAUAUGAGUGUGCAAUGUCAUGCGUGCAUUGGUGGCACAAAUGUCGGAGAAGAUAUCAAAAAACUCGAUUAUGGACAACAUGUUGUUUCGGGAACUCCUGGCCGAGUGUUUGAUAUGAUUCGUCGUCGCAACUUGCGAACUCGAGCAAUUAAGCUGCUUGUUUUGGAUGAAGCUGAUGAGAUGUUGAACAAGGGAUUUAAAGAGCAGCUUUAUGAUAUCUAUCGUUAUUUGCCUCCAGGUUGUCAGGUCGUUCUCCUCAGCGCCACUUUGCCUCAUGAGGUCCUCGAGAUGACCUCAAAAUUCAUGACCGAUCCAAUCCGAAUCCUUGUCAAACGUGACGAGUUAACACUUGAGGGAAUCAAGCAAUUCUUUGUCGCUGUUGAUCGAGAGGAAUGGAAAUUCGAUACACUCGUUGACUUGUAUGAUACAUUGACCAUCACACAAGCUGUUCUAUUCUGCAACACUCGUAGAAAGGUGGAUUGGUUGGCUGAGAAGAUGAAGGAGGUCAACUUCACUGUUUCAUCAAUGCACGGAGAUAUGGAACAAUCGGAACGUGAACAGAUUAUGAAGGAUUUCCGUGACGGCACUUCCCGGGUGCUCAUCUCAACCGAUGUGUGGGCUCGUGGCCUGGACGUUCCACAAGUCUCUCUUGUCAUCAAUUACGAUCUUCCCAACAAUCGUGAGCUCUACAUUCAUCGCAUCGGACGAUCGGGUCGUUUCGGAAGAAAGGGUGUUGCGAUCAAUUUCGUGAAAAACGAGGACGUGCGCAUUCUUCGCGACAUUGAGCAAUAUUAUUCGACACAAAUUGAUGAGAUGCCAAUGAAUAUCGCGGAUAUGAUU